AUGCCAGUCCGAAGAGGUCACGUGGCCCCUCAGAACACCUUCUUGGACACCAUCAUUCGCAAGUUUGAGGGCCAAAGUCGCAAGUUUAUCAUUGCUAACGCCCGUGUGGAGAACUGCGCUGUGAUUUACUGUAACGAUGGAUUUUGUGCCAUGUGUGGGUACACACGUGCUGAGGUCAUGCAGAGACCCUGUACUUGUGACUUCCUGUAUGGGCCGCGUACAACUUCUAGCUCCAUGUCUCAGAUUGCUCAGGCCCUGGUGGGAUCCGAGGAGCGUAAGGUGGAGAUCGCCUUCUACCGUAAGGACGGGACUUGCUUUCUGUGCCUUGUGGAUGUUGUACCAGUGAAGAAUGAAGAUGGUGCGGUUAUCAUGUUCAUCCUGAACUUUGAGGUGGUGAUGGAAAAAGAUCAUAUGGGGUCCCCAAACAAGGAUACGAACCACCCAUGGCUUCCAGUAAAGGUUUGUCGUGGAAAAUCAUUUAGACUGAAGUUCCCCACGUUACUGAACCUUGCGGGCAGCAAGCAUUCUUUGCCUCAGGAAGACCCUGAUGUGGUUGUGGUGGACCUUAACAAGCACAGAAGUGACUCGGUGGCUUUAGAAGAGGUGACCAUGAUUCCAGUAGACAACUGUAUUUCCAUUCAGCCAGAAGAUCAGCAGGCACUGAUCAGUACCACCGAGCCCAAAGUACCCAGAGAGGAUGAGGAGGGCAGAGACCCAGCACUGCAGUCAUCUCCCCGCACCGACAAGGACCACCUGAACCUCGAUAUCUCCUUCUCCAACUGCAGCCUGACACGGAGCCGUUCCCGGGAGAGCUUCUACAGCAUACGCAGAGCGUCGUCUGUAGAUGACAUCGAAGCCAUGAAAGUAGAUCUGGACAAGUUCCGUAACCGCAUUUCCAGUACAGGGAACAUGAACAAUGUCCGAGCAAACCUGCUGAACUCCACGUCUGAUUCGGACCUCAUGAAGUACAGAACCAUUAGUAAGAUCCCACAAAUUACUCUCAACUUUGUGGACUUUAAGGGCGAUUCAUUUCUCAUCUCCCCAUCUAAUGAGAAGGAAAUUAUUGCUCCAACCAAGCUGAAGGAUCGAACCCAUAACGUCACUGAGAAGGUCACACAGGUUCUAUCACUUGGUGCAGAUGUCCUACCUGAGUACAAGCUGCAGGCUCCUCGUAUCCACAAAUGGACCAUUCUCCACUACAGUCCAUUUAAAGCUGUUUGGGACUGGUUGAUCCUACUGCUGGUAAUCUACACUGCCAUCUUUACUCCAUAUUCUGCUGCUUUCCUACUUAAUGACCAAGAUGAUCAUGACAAGAACUGCAGCUACUCCUGCAACCCUCUUAGUGUGGUGGACCUGAUGGUGGACAUAAUGUUUAUCAUAGACAUUCUUAUCAAUUUUCGUACCACUUAUGUCAACACCAAUGAAGAAGUAGUGAGUCACCCAGGAAAAAUUGCUAUCCACUAUUUUAAAGGCUGGUUCCUUAUCGACAUGGUAGCUGCCAUACCCUUUGACCUCUUGAUCUUUGGCUCAGGGACUGAGGAGACCACCACCUUGAUCGGUCUCCUGAAGACAGCACGCCUGCUUCGCCUGGUACGAGUUGCCCGUAAGCUGGAUCGUUACUCUGAGUAUGGAGCAGCCGUGCUUUUCCUGCUCAUGUGCACCUUUGCUCUCAUUGCUCAUUGGCUCGCCUGCAUCUGGUACGCUAUUGGACACAUGGAGCACCACGAUGAGGACUACCGUGCCAUUGGCUGGCUUUUCUCUCUGGGCACUCAGAUCAUGAAACCCUACAACCUAAGUGUCCCCAAAUCUGGGCCUUCCAUCAAUGACAAAUAUGUGACUGCCUUAUACUUUACAUUCAGCAGCCUGACCAGCGUGGGAUUCGGAAAUGUGUCCCCCAACACAAACUCUGAGAAGAUCUUCUCCAUUUGUGUCAUGCUGAUAGGAUCCCUCAUGUACGCCAGCAUUUUUGGAAAUGUAUCUGCAAUCAUCCAGCGGCUGUACUCUGGCACCGCUAGGUACCAUACACAGAUGUUGCGGGUUCGCGAGUUCAUCCGUUUCCACCAGAUCCCGAAUCCUCUCCGUCAGCGCCUGGAAGAGUAUUUUCAGCAUGCUUGGUCAUACACCAAUGGCAUCGACAUGAAUGCGGUUCUGAAGGGUUUUCCUGAGUGUCUCCAGGCAGAUAUCUGCCUUCACCUGAACCGCAGCCUCCUACAGAACUGCAAACCAUUCAAAGGUGCCACAAAAGGUUGCCUACGGGCGCUGGCCAUGAAAUUUAAGACCACACAUGCUCCCCCUGGGGACACACUCGUCCAUGCUGGGGAUGUCCUCACUGCCCUGUAUUUCUUGUCCCGUGGUUCUAUAGAAAUCCUUCGUGGAGAUGUGGUAGUUGCUAUAUUGGGUAAGAAUGAUAUUUUUGGGGAACCCCUUAAUCUUUAUGCCAGGCCUGGGAAAUCCAAUGCAGACGUCCGAGCUCUAACUUAUUGUGACCUGCACAAAAUUCACCGAGAGGAUUUGCUGGAGGUUCUGGACAUGUACCCUGAGUUUUCUGACUACUUCUGGUCCAGUCUGGAGAUUACAUUUAACCUCCGUGAUACAAACAUGAUCCCUGGAUCCCCAAGUAGUGACGAUUCAGACAGUGAAUUUAACCGUCUGAGACGGCGCAAACUUUCCUUCCGCAGACGGACAGACAAAGAUGCAGAUAAUGCUGGUGAAGUGAAGAAAGGCCAAAGGCCAGUGCGCCUGGGUAGGAAUAACUCUGUGCCCGAUGCAAAGGGUUCAGAGUGGGAUGAGCCACACAGUAGCACACCCUCCAGUUCUUCCAGUGAUGACGAGCAGCCUGUUCCCGUCUCAAACACCAUUGAGCUGUCACCGACACGAGCAACAUGUAGCAAUGCCAACUUCACCUCACCUAACGGGGGCAAUGUGGAGGGGGAGCAAGGCAAUGGGAAUGUGUGCAAUCAUCUGUCAGGGGCUUUUUCUGGGGUCUCAAACAUCUUUAGCUUUUGGGGGGACAGAGGUGGACGUGAGUACCAGGAGCUGCCACGCUGCACCAUUCCUACCCACGCUACUCUCAGUGCCCCUGUGCCUUCCAUAAGCCGACGGCAGAAAUGUGAACUGGGGAACAGGCUGGAUCUCCUACAGAAGCAACUAAACAGGCUAGAGAGUCGCAUGGUGACCGACAUUAAUACAAUCAUACAGCUCCUGCAGAAACAGAUGGUGCCCCCAGCCUACAGCACAGUGUCCUCUCCCCCACAGAUGGCAAGUUACCCUCCAGAUGGGGAGCAGAUAGUUCUGCCUGGUCUUCCAGGACAGUCUGAGAUGCUGGCGUCAUUAUCUCAGGACUUGAAAACACUGCGGUACAAGCUCAGAGAGAUGCCCCUGGUGCCACAGACCCUGAAUACGGAGCUCAAGGACAGUUCUCGACGCCUCUCGCUUCCCGGAAAUCUAGAGGACCCUUUGGACUUGAGGACCCAACAGAGACAUUCAUCAGAUCCGGGAAGUUAAGGGCAUGAAUGUGAAGGCUGUUGUUAGACUCUGGGCAAAAAACACAUCCUGGCACCAGGAACGGGGCAUAUGAAGCCAAGCCAGGAAUCUUCUGUAGCACAGACACCCAACAUGAGGUGAACUUGAUGUGGAACCGUUGGGGUUUAAAUGGAAGUUACUCCCAUAUAGACAGAGGAAGAGAGCUGGCAUUAAAAACCCCAAUCAUGCCAAGCAAUAUAACACUGAGUGACAUUCUGUGAAAUUCUCUCCAGUUCUAGAGAAAGAACUCAAUUAUCAGCCACGUAAAGAUAAUGUACUGUUCUGUGUGGGGUAUGCAUGGCUCUUAGCUGUGCCCCAACUUAAGUGUAGUAAAGCCCCUUCUCCUAUGUAUAA